UGACCAGGAGCUGUACCGGGAGCCCGACCAGGAGCUGUACUGAAAGCCAUACUGGGACUCAUACUGGGAGCACUGGUCCUCACCAAUCCCCCCAUGGCACUGCCUCCAUCCCUGCUGCUCCCAGGGGUGCUGCUGGCGGCCGACGCCCUGGCCCUGUCCUUACUGGGCCCACUGGUGCCGGCGCUGGCACAGCUGGGCCCGGCGGGCGUGUGGCUCGAGGCCGCCCUGCGCCUGCCCCUCCUGGCCGCAGCCCCCCGGCUCCUGUCCCCUCUCUGUUUCCCCGGGGCCACCACCACGGCCGCCGUGGCCACCAUCGCCAUCACCCCUGCAGCCUUCGUGGCCCUGCGGAGCCUCCUGGGCCUGCCCGGCACUGGGCCCAGCCUCUUGGCGGCCGCCGCGCCCGCCUGGCUUGGGGUCACCCACGCGGCUGCCACACUGGCCCUGCUGGCCUGGGAUGCCCCCCGCUCCCUGGGUGGUGUCCCCAAAGCUCCCGGGGGUGUCCCCAAGGUUCCCGGAGGCGUCUGGAGGGUCCUGGUGCUGGCCUGCUCCGAGUGGAAAGUCCUGGGAGCUGCCUUCCUGUGCCUCGUGGUGGCAGCUGCCGGGGAGACGGCGGGGCCGUACGUCACCGGGAAGGUUCUGGACGCCGUCCGGAGCGGGGAUGGACUCACCACCGGAGCUGUGGGGAUGGUGGUGGCCACCGAAGCAGCCAGCGUCCUGUUCUCCGGGUGCCGUGGGUGGCUCUUCCUGCUGGCGGCGGCGCGUCUCCGGCAGAGCCUGCGCCUCCGGCUCUUCUCCCACCUGCUGCACCAGGACCUGGAUUUCUUCCAGGGAAUGCCAACAGCCGAGCUGUCAACACGGUUCUCCGCGGAGGUGCCGCUGGUGUCCAUGGCGGUGCCGAGGGGGACCAACCUGCUGCUUCGGAGCCUGGGAAUGGCACUGGUGGUGGGCACGGCCAUGAUCCGGCUGGUGCCGGGGCUGGCGCUGCUGGCGCUGCUGGAGCUGCCCCUUGGGAUCACCGCCCAGCGCAUCCACAGUGCCCGGAGACGGGCUCUGCAGCGCUCCAUGCUGGAAGCAUCUGCCCGGACGGCCUCGGGGGUGCAGGAAUCCAUCGCCGCCAUGGAGACGAUCCGGAUCUUCUCGGCAGAGGAGGAGGAGGAGGAGCGGCACGGCUGGAACCUGGACGAGGAGCUGAGGCUGAAGGAGCGGAUGGAGCUGGAGCUGGCGGGAUUCACCCUCAUCCAGAGGAUGCUCAAGCUGGCCAUCCGGGUCCUGGUGCUCUUCCAGAGCCACCAGCAGCUCCGAGAUGGAUCCAUCACUCCCGGGGUGCUCGUCACCUUCCUGCUGUACCGGGACACGGUCGGCAGCCACGUCAAGGUGCUGCUCUCUGGCUUCAACGAGUUCACCACCAACGUGGCUGCCGGGCAGAAAAUCUGGGAAUACCUGGAUCGGAAACCCUCCAGGCACAUCGGUGGGACGCUGGAGCCCCCCCAGCUCCGGGGCCACGUCGCCUUCCAGAGGGUCUCCUUCACCUAUCGAAAUCCCGAGCGCCCCGUGCUGAGGGACGUGUCCCUGGAGCUGCAUCCUGGGGAGGUGACGGUGCUGGCGGGGCCCAACGGGAGCGGGAAGAGCACGACCGUGGCGCUGCUGGAGCGGCUGCGGGAUCCCGGGAGCGGGGAGGUGCUGCUGGACGGGAUCCCCUUGCGGGAAUACGAGCACCAGUACCUGCACCGGCAGGUGGUGCUGGUGGAGCAGGAUCCCGUCCUGUUUUCUGGAACAAUCCGUGAAAACGUCGUGCUGGGGCUGGAGGGCUGCGAAGAGUCGGAGCUGCGGGAAGCGGCCGCUGCUGCUGGAGCCUUGGAGUUCAUCCAGGGGCUGAAGCAGGGCUGGGACACUGAGGUGGGGGAGCGCGGGGGGCAGCUGGCGGCGGGCGAGAGGCGUCGCCUGGCCCUGGCCCGGGCCCUGCUCCGUCGUCCCACCGUUCUCAUCCUUGACGAGGCGCUGGAUGAGGGAGAUGAGGGGGCGGCACAGCGCUGGGUGCGUGCCGGGCUGGCGCGGACGGUGCUGGUGGUGUCGCACCGGCGGCGGGUGCUGGACGGGGCCGAUCGGCUGGUGCUGCUGGAGGGCGGGACCGUGGCCGAGCAGGGAACGCCGGCGGAGCUGCGGGAGCGCCGUGGCGCCUACAACCGCCUGCUCCAGGGGGGAGGGGACAGGGAAUAAAGGGCCGUUGGUGUCCCCAUUCCCGG